AUGUCAACAGCACCCUCUCUCGUUCUUUCCUCACAGGGUCGACAACAAAUUCUCACUGCAUGGAAUUUACCAUCGUCCACUUCCAUUAACGUCAUUAAACAAUCAGAAAAUCAUACCUACCUCGUACAAGUUUUUCCUCUAGUAACAACAACAACAACAAACGAAAGUAGCAGCAACGAUGACCAUGCAACAACCAUCCGAACUGAAUCCUCAGUAGUUCCAAAGAAGAAAGAGCUUAAUCUACUACCACAUCAUGAACACGAAGAACAACAACCACCAUUGUUGUACAUUCUCCGCCUCACUCCUAAACAUCAUCGUUCUCAAGAAGCCAUUCAAGCAGAAUUGGAUUUUAUUCAUCGGAUUCAUCAUGUUUUGGAACAUGAUGACACACCACCACGACCAUCCUCCUCUCUUCAUGUAUGUCCUCCUAUACCUCUGAAGAAGAGUCUUGAAUCAUCUUGUUUUCAUGAAACAUACAGCCGGCAACAAAACAAUACUUUGCCCUUCAUUGCUACUUUAGUUUCUCCCUAUCAUGAUUGCCCAAAUAUAGAUCACAUGAAUGAAACCAACGCUCAAGAAUAUUAUUAUGCAGUUCUCUUUGAAUAUGCUCAAGGAAGUUCCGUAUUGGAAAAGUGGAUUGGCUUAACGAAUGAAUCUUUUAUUGAUGCGUUGGGUAGAGCCAUUGGAGAGAUGCAUGAUAUUUCUCAAAAGAUGAACAAUCGAUCUGAAACAAGUUGGCAAGUAACGGCAGAGAAUAUUCCUCAAUGGUAUGAUACUCAUGGAGGUGCUUGUAAUAUUGAAAAAAUUAGAGAACGAGCCAAUCAGUAUGCUCAUGAGCCUUCAUUACUCUUAUUAUCUUUAUGGGAGAACCAUGGCUUGAAAGAAUUUAUAUCUGGUUUGAAAAAGACUCGUGAAAAUUUUGGAGUCAUUCAUGGAGAUAUUAAUGUGAGCAAUUAUUUUGCUGCGGAAAAGACAAGUGAACAAGCGCAUGCUCAAGUGUGGAUUUUUGAUUUCGAUCAAGUUCAACACAACUUUUUUGGUUGUGACCUGGCUGUGGUGUUACAAAUGAUUCGCUUUUUCGAAGAUGAUGGAUUGGGUAUUGGGAAAAUUGAAGGAUUUGAUGCAGAUCGAUUUAGAACUGUGUUUUUACAAGCUUAUAAAGAGACUUGUCCACAUGGGAUGAUAGAAGAAGGUCAUUUGGAUACUCAUCAUUUGAAACAUUUCGAAAUGUUUCGAGAAUUUUAUCAUACAUCAGUUGCAGUAGAUAUUUUGUUUCGUCACGAACAUGCUUCACAAGGAGAUGACUCUACUGGACAACCAAUGGUGCAGUUUGAAGAAUCCAUUAUUUCAUUUUGUAAAUUAGCAGUCAAUCGACUCCAAAACAAAUUUAAAUUGUAA